AUGCAGCCAAGUAUCGCCCUCAGAAUGUUCCAGCCGACGAAGCGGAUGAUGGCUGACUCCGCAGCUCACACUAUCUCGCAACGACUACGAACUCUCAAGAGAAUUCCCCCGGAGUUGAUUCCCCUCGGAAUCGUGGUGGGAAUUGCUGUCGGAUUUGCCGGGUACUCAAUGGCCCGCAAGUUGGUGGUUGACAAGCAGAUCCGUCUUUCUCGUCAAAACAGAAAGGACUAG